AUGAUCCGGCUCUUCGGGGUUGCAGUCUACUUGCCACGGAGACCCACUUCUUCAGAUGAGCUGGAUCUUAUACGUACAUGUAAUUUCUUAGUCUCUAAGGUACCACAGGCCUACAGAUUGAGGAAUGACAGUGAUGCCAGUUUACAAACUUCUUCAUCUCAUCUUACUUUUUGCAGGCUUACCCAGGUGAGAUGGAGCCGGUAUGGCCCCGAUUACCUCGAACCAGAAGUGAACAAGGAGGUAUACCGGAAACCUGGGCAGGAGCUGUCUGAGGAGGAGAAAAUGGAACAGGAUCUUAAAGCCCUCCAACCCAUAAAAGCUGCCCCUUGUAAUGUCACCAGUUCUCUGUUCAGUGACCCUACAAUCAGUAAAUUCAUCAAUAUGAUGAUGAAGGGAGGAAACAAAGUGCUGGCCAGAUCCAUCAUGUCACAGACCUUAGAAGCCGUUAAAAGGAAGCAGGUUGAGAAAUACCAUCAAGCCUCUGAGGAGGAAAGGGAGAGCAUUGAGUGCAACCCUUACGUCAUCUUCCAUCAGGCACUGAAAAACUGCCAGCCUAUCAUUGGGAUCUCCAACAUCAAGAAAGGAGGCAAAACCUAUCAGGUUCCAACCCCUCUGACGGACAACCGGAAACGUUUCUUGGCCAUGAAAUGGUUAAUUACUGAGUGCAGGGAGCAUAAGCAUUAUCGGAUAUUCAUGCAUGAAAAACUAUCCCAGGAACUGCUACAGGCCUUCAACAAUGAGGGCCCUGUGAUCAAGAGAAAGCAUGACAUACACAAGAUGGCUGAGGCUAACCGGGCCUAUGCUCACUAUCGCUGGUGGUAGGGGGUCUUCCUGCGACCAAGAGAGACCUUGACUUACGACAGCAGGAACAUUUCCUCACUCCCUUGUACUUGUGGAGCUCAAACCUGUGAAGCAUCAUCUUCUGUCUACUUUUCUGCAGAGGAGCUGUAAAAGGGAGGUUGCCUGCCCAUUUCUGUUAGUAGCUCCUAGGCUGGGUUCUUAAGCAGAGAAAAUUCAAGAUGAGAUAUGCACCCACAAAAGCUUCAUUUUCUUAGAUUAUUUUUCUGAGCAACACUGUCUAAAAAAACCUUGCUCUCUGGAAGCAGUGGAGGGGUUGUCUUCUGGAAUCUGUUUUGCAUUGUGAAUGCUCCUUCUGCAUAUCAAUGCCGGAGACAGACAGAGCUCAGUUUGAAUUUUAGACUGUUGGUUAGCAGAAUAAUUGUUUGAAUGAACAUAUGUGAUCUGGAUGUUAGAGAAAAUAAAAAUGGAAACUCACUAUCAUCCUCUGACUCUAA